AUGUCUUAUGGCAUGUUACAUAUGGCAACUGAGGCUGCCUUUCUUUCUCUCCCACUCGGCCACCAGGGGCGCUGCCAUCGGAUCUCGGAUCUGCUUCCCACGCUCGCGCUUCCCAGCUUGUGGCGCGUUGAAUGGAAUAGAAUCGAAUGGAAGGAGUGUAAACAAUGUCAUUUUGGUGGUGAAAAAGGGGCGAACCGUUGCGUUGCAAUGUCUGAGGCUUAUAACAAUCCGAAGCCAGGAGUGCUUUUCCAUCAAAGUGCCAAGGCAGGGCCUCUCGGAGCUGAAUCGCGACAAGGGAAAGGAUUGAGAAGCAAGUUUCCGAAAGGCGAGCCCCGCAAGACUUUGGUUAGGAACACAGAACUGACAGUUUACCCCACCAUCUACAAGUCAGAUGUUCCUGUUCAAGAGCCCAAAAAGAAGGAAUCUCCCAAGGGUGCUUCAUGUUGUGGCUUGUACAAAACCAACUUGUCUGCACCAUGUCUCAAUUCGGCUCUUCGACUAGUGAAGGAAAUGAAACAGGCGGCCAAAGCCAAACCAUCGAGCACCCAGUGUGCCAAGUUGGUGGAUGAAGGAAAAGUGCUGCAGCAAGUUAACUUUUUGUAUGAAGAGCAUUUGUAUCACGACUUGGUAGCUUUAAAUGUUUCGGAUACUGAUCUUAUUGAAUCUAGUUCAUCUCGACCAGCCAGUAAAUACAGAGCAAGGGUGAAAGAUAAAGAGCCUCAUCUUUCUCAAUUUUUCACUCCAACGUUUUCAGAAGAAUAUCAUAUUCCAAGGGAUCCACCUUGUCGAACAAGAGGAGAACAACAUACAAGCAAUAGCUUCACUAUGUAUCAACGCAUGAAAACUUGGGAUGAGUUUCAGUGAUCCCCAUUACCUAGGUUCUCAAAUUUACUUCUUAGAAUAACAGUUCCCAUCAACAGACUUUAUUUAAAAUUAUUAAAAUUUUACAUAAAUAAAACAGAUUUAAUGUGAAAAUAAAAAAGCUUCUAUCAUUUAUAUUCCUUA